AUGGCUCGUACUUCGCAACCUCCAUGUGAAGUGCCUCAAAAGGAGGAGGAGGAGAAGAAGAAGAUAAGCGGUUCUCAAAGACUAAGUCCGGGACCAAGUCUCAUCAAAGAGCUUCUAUCAAACCCUCCCUUAAACCGAGCAACACUCGCUUAG